AAAAUCUUAUGCAUUAAAAAAAAAAAAAGAUGAUGCUUAUCGUCACAUCUUGGAUAAGCGAACGAUAAAUAAUAUCUAUUACGUAAGAAAGAGCAACACGUCAACGUGUUGAAUGUUUUAUCAUUGCUAUCGGUGCAAUUAAUCCGUUCGCCGGUGACGCCGGCGUACAUAUCGCCCUCCCCCAAGAUGUAUGCAAAAAUGAUUCGUCAUUUUCUGUCUAGCGAGAUAGAUAUAAUCGCGCGUGCGGUUACGUGAUAACGCAUUAUCAAUCAGCGAGAUGAAACGAAUCGUGAUAUUUGGUGCUACCGGAAACACCGGCCUAUGCUCUCUGAGAUCGGCCGUAGAAAAUGAUCUGGAUGUAAGAGCUUUUGUAAGGAAUGAAGCCAAAGUUCCUGAAAAUCUUAAAAGUAAAAUUGAAUCCGUCAUUGGAGAUGUCACUAAUGCAGAGCAAGUUGCAAAAGCGGUAGCUGAUAGAGAUGCUGUUGUUGUAGUUCUUGGAACAAGGAAUGACUUGAGUCCUACUACUAUAUUAUCCCAAGGCUUAAAGAAUAUAAUAGACGCCAUGAAAACACACAAUGUUGAACUAAUCUCUGUAUGUCUAUCUGCAUUUUUAUUCUACAAACCUGAAGCAGUGCCUGCUAUAUUUAAGGACUUGAAUGCAGAUCAUCAACGCAUGUUUGACAUGAUCAAGGAAAGUGGAUUAAAGUGGGUAGCAAUAUUGCCGCCACACAUAGCAGAUACACCAAAAUCAAAGUAUACUGUCACAUUCGAUUCUUCGCCUGGACGCGCAAUCUCCAAACACGAUUUGGGUGCGUUUCUCGUUGAGUGUCUUAUGAAACCAGAGUAUUACCAAAAAGUCUGUGGCAUCGCCAACACUUCAUGAUGCGAGAAGAAAUGCGGGAAUACGUAAAUAAAAGAAAUGCAUGCAGUUUGUUUUUCUAGUGGAAAAAUAUAUUAAUUAUAUAUAUGUAUAUAUAUAUGUAUAUGUAAAUAUAUUAAUUAUAUAUAUUUUUAUGUAUAAAUUGUGUUAUCACGUUUGAUAAGUUUAAUAUUUAUACAAAUUGCAUAAGCUGGAUGGAAAAAAGCGUAUUUGUGUUGUUCUGUCGCAGGAAGACAACAGAUAAGGAAAGCGUGAUAUUUGAAAUAAAUAUAGAAGCGCAGUCUGACAAAAUAAAUUGUACUAAAAAAUA